ACAUCUACCUGAAAAUUUAAAGGAGGCAAAGCACAAGGGAGUUGAAUGAUCAAUAGUCUUAAACUCUUUUGUGGUGUAUGUUUGACCAUGACCACGUGACCAUCCAAAUCCCGUUUUCAGUUACCCUACAAAUAUCUCGUUCCCGUUUUGCGUUUUCAACCGAAACCCCUUUCCUCCGAUCACCGGUUAAAUGGUUCCGACCACCGGUGACCGGCAUUGACACCACUUUUCUUCCGGCGAGGCCUAGCCCUUUCCAGAUUCAUGGAUCCCUCUGAUUCUCACUCCCACUCCCAGGAACAGGAAGCGCCCAAGAAGAACGGCGUCGUAUCUGUCUUACUGCGAUGGGUUAUUGCGAUUGUCUUCCCCUUCCUGUUCUUUCUCUCAAUUCCCUUUUUGGUUGGUUUGCUGGUUCUCAUGUUCGCCGAUUUCUCUAUUCCCAGCCCCAUUUCUCUCCCCUCACAGUGCAAAAUCGUCUCCACAGGUGUUGAUAUCAGGUCAUCUAAGAUUUGCGAAAUUGGAUUGUUAAAUUAUAAAGCCAAGGAUGUGUUUCAGCAUUUUGAAAGAAGCAAAUUUCGCUGCCGUUAUGAUUAUUAUUGGGCGUCAGUAUUCAAGGUAGAAUAUAAAGAUCACUUUUCUGGUCAGACACAAGUUGCAUUUGCCGAGGCUCCAAAUGAGGCCCUUCCUCUUUAUUGCCGACCUAAUUUUGGUGCUGCAUGGCUGACACAAUAUAAAUUUAAGGUCAAUGAGACUUACAAUUGCUGGUACACAUCUGGCAUUUCCAAAGUUCGUUUACCUCAAGAUAAUCUUUUUGGUUGUCAUGCCCACCAGCAGUCUACCCUUGAAAAGAGUAGAGAAUAUUCUACCAUAGCACAGAGAAUUGUCUAAAAUACUGAGUGUUUAAGCAAGCUUGUGGUUUUAGUGCUUGAAGAAGGAAAAGCUAUUACUUAAUGUGUCUAAGUUGGAGGUGCUUUUCUAUCAAGCAAAAUCAAACUGUUAUUCCUUUGUGGGUCAAAGGAAGGUGUUGGUCAUCUUUUAUACGUUAAGAGAGGUGUUUUCUAAUCCCAUUCUUAUUAUCAUCUUGUAAACUGUUUUACACUUUUAGUGGAAAAGUUAAUCCCUUUUUUAGAGAGAUUAACCACUGAGCGUAGAAUCUUUUGAUUCGAACCAGUAUAAAAAUUACUUGUGUAACCUUCUUCUCUUUACUCUACUUUAAUUAUUUGCUUUAGAACAAUGCGGGUUUCAGUUUUAUCAAAGAAAUUGUUAAAAGCGACAAUCUGUUCAAAGUAAAGCUUUUUAACUCGAACCAAUUCACCCCUUCUUGGUUUUGUCCUACGCUCUAAUCAUUCCCCUGUGUGUUUUCUAUACUAAUUUUUGCCUCCCUCUCACUAUCCGACUGCUGUGUUGUAUAGCCUCAACAGCAGAAUUCUUAUGCUCCCCGUUCUUCUUGCCAGCUAUGAUUUCCUACAGGCACCCCCCUUUUACCUGUUCACACACCCUAGUUACUGUUGGGAUCAUACCUUUGUUAUUUAAUAUAAACAGUUAUAGUCACGAAAAAAAUAUCCACACCCUCAAUACAGCUUUUUAUGGCCAUCCAUAUGUGUAACCAGGCUUGUUUACUUGAAGAGGGCAAAUAAACUUGGGCAGAGGUUGGUGGUGAUUUAGUCAAAAACUCAUUCAUAUGUUCAACUGAUUAAUUCAUGAUAACUCCUUGAUAUACCCAAGAAAACAAAUAGCGGAGAAUCUUUUUUCUUUUGCCCAAUCAACGUUUGGUCCAUGUAUAAAAUUUGUAGUUGAUAUUUUUUGAACAAAAGGUUCUUUGAGUGAACACAUAAUUAUUAUUGCUUCUAGACAGGAAGUGUUGAGACAUAGAGUCGUUUCUCAUGGUAAAUAUAUCCUUAUGAAGAAAAAUACGAAAAUCCAUUCUGCUCAUAUCAAGUAAGUGAUGUCGAUUGUGAACACAGUGAAAGCUGGGUUACAUGGGAUUAGGUUGAAUUGUAUCACUACUACCUGUUAUUUCUGGUACCGUUGUUUACUACAGAAAGUUGGGCGGUCUGUUAUUUCUUCUCCGAGUUGUUGUUUAUGUAUCAAGGCAAUGAACUUUGGGUUAUAUCCUAUUCGUUAAGUAAAUUAGAACAAGGCUCGGAUGAGUAUUUAAUUUCAUUUGAGAGUCAUAGGUGGUCAUAGUCCCCACUCUGUGAUCCUAUAAGAGAUGGUGCUGUCCUUGCUUCCAUGGCAGCGCAGUAUUAACAACAUAAAUUUAUAAAUUGUACAUUGUGAUAUUUUAUAAGAUAAUUAUUAUGUUUGAGUAGCAUUUCAUAUAAAUGUAUGAAGUUUGAUUACAAAAACAUUAUUUUUUAUCAAACAAGUAUUUAUUA